CCUGCCGCCGGCGCGGGGACUCGGUGGCGGGCUGCUGCUGGCGGCGAUUCGCGUCCCCUCCCCGGCCCGGCGAUGUCCGGCGGGGGCAGCCGGCGGCGGGCCGGCCCCUCCUGGCCCAGCGCCUUCUCCCGUUUCUUCGCCAGGAGCCCCCCGCGCCAGGAGGCGGCGGCGCCCGGGCGGCCGGCGGGCGCGCACAGUUCUGAAAACAAUGGGAGUGAAGCCAUAAAUUUAAAGAGCAACCAAAAGGAAAGCACAACUCUUCCUGCACUUUUGAAGGUUUAUCCAAACGAAGAAAAGAAUCAUUCCACAGAAGAACUUAGCAAGUCUGAAAUCCAAGAGGAGCUGAAAAAGGCGAAUAGCCUUCCUAGUUUGACUCCUGGAAACAAAGCAGCAGAUAAAGACAAGCAACCCCGAGAAGGUUUUUUUCAGUUUCUUGGAAGCUUGUUUAAUCUUGCAACAAAAUCUUCUUUGGUAGACUCUAAACCAUCUGCCUGCCAAGAUGAACCCAACAGAUGUGAAAAGGAUUUACAGAACACAAAUACCCUUACAGAGGGCACGCAGCCACAGCAUCCAAAAACUGAAGAGCCUGUCUGUUCUACAGCUACAAUAAAAGAGGACUCUGUAAAUAAUGAUGACAUGAUCUUAAAUAACAUUGGGAAAGAUAGCUCACAGGAUCAGCAAGGAGGCCGGAAACGAUCUGCAGAUGUGAAAAAGCAGAUACAACGGAAACCACAAGCACCUGCAGUCACUUAUGCAACAUAUCGAGGUUCUGCAAGGAUUAGGCAGCUACUGAAGAGUCAAUCAGAAAUGACUGAAAAAGGAGAAGAAAGUACUGAGAACAGAAAUGCUUCAGUGAUCAAGGAAAAUGGAGAAAUCCGAACAGUUGUCUCUCCAACAUCAGAACACUUAACAAAAGAAAAUGGAAAUGAUGAGGGUGAAGAUCAUGAAGAUGAUGACAUAGUAAAUUCUUCUACAGUAAAAAUGGAACUGAAAAAGUCUGGUGAAGCUCAACUUUACUUGGGUAGCAAUAAACAUGAAACAACUCCAAAUGCAUCAGCUUCAUCUACCGGAUCAUCUAGUGAAGUAGAAUUAAAACAUACACCAGUGUUAGAAGCAACCGAAGUUAAGAGGACAUAUUCACAAGAUUCAUUAUUGUCAUCUAGCAGAAACAGUGAGAUCCCAACAAAUUCCACUCACCAGAUUACUAAUUCCCUUAAAAUGAGUGCUGUGGACAGUUUGUUUGGAAAAGAAUAUGUACUGCUGGGAGAAGGAGAAGCUCCGUUUCAAAUGGACAAAAGUGCCACUUCUAACUGUGAAAAAGAAAUUCAUUGUAGUGGUCACUCCUAUCAGGAGCCCACAGAAAAAAUGCAGGAUGGCUGUUUGCAGUCACCCAGAUCAAAAAACAAAGUUAACAAAGAACUCCAUUUGAGCAAGGGAGAAUAUUGCUGUAAUCAUCAAAUGGAUAACCACUCAGAGGCAACAUCAAAUGUCCAGGUGCUUCAUUCCAAUGCUGCAUUCCAGCAGCAAGCAGAUGAGUACACAGGUAGUGCAAAUAAAAAUAGUGAUCCAGGAAAAAGUGAUGCACAGAAAAUUGUAGCAGCUGCAGAAAGAGAGCAAAAUCCACAGAACUUUCUUGCUACUGUUCCUUUAACUUUUAAUGAACAAACACACACUGCACUUAGUGUGAAGUCCAGAGGAGAAGAGUGCAUAGCCACAGGUAAUCUGACUGCUUUGAAAUUAACUUCUGAAAAUGAUAAAGGCACAGUCAUGGACCAGGUGACUUGUAAUGAAGAACUGAAUGAGUUAGAGAAACCAAUGCAUGUACAAAAUGAGCAUCAAUUAAACCUUGUGGAAAAUUCUAAGGAUACUGCCACACAACAACCUGGUUUGUCUUGUCAAGAAAAAAAGAAGGUUUUGUCAGAGGUUGCAGUGGAAAAUUUUGCUGAUGUGUUGUGCACACAUGGAUGUGAAAAUGUGAAAUCUAGCUUAGAUGAGCUGACAGCAUCUCUCUCUGUUAAUUUUGAGUCUUCAUUUGAAACAGGUGACUGUUACACAGCUUCUCUUCAUCCUGAUUGCAAAUCUGUAAAUAAAACUAUAGUGAAAAGAGGAGUUGGUUUCAAAGAUAAGCGAAACGCUGUUUCUACUCCUGAUCUCGAAUGUGGAAAGAGCAAAUCCUUUGAGACUGUAGAUAUGAGCCUCUCAGAAAAUUCAGUUCCUACCCAUGGUACUGUUUCCCAUAAAACUGUGCAAGACAUUCCUGAAAAAACAUUAGUUGUGCUUGCAGAAGAUAACACAUCAAAGCCUGCACUUUGCCCUUUAGUCAGCACUGAAAGAACAGAUGAUCCUACACCUGCUGCUUCUAAAAUCUUUGAGGCUAGUAUGAAUGAGAUGGCUCCUGCUCCUUUUGAAUGUAAGAAUUGUAUUUCUGAGCUUUCCUCUCAUGUUUCUAAAUCACAAGAAAAAAAUCUGGAGGUUUCUCAUUCUGCCCUGAGAUGCAAAGGCAGACCUUUGACUGACCAUUUCUCUAUCAUCUGUGAAAGAGACGUUGAUGUAGACAUCAUUUCUGCAUCUCCACCUAGUUGUGAAGAUAGACAUAUUAAUAUUUCUUCUGAAGUUGAAAACAAUAAUGAGCAUAGGAUAUCACCCACAGUACUUUAUUCUUCAUCUGACAACCAAGGACAAGUGCCUUCUCCUGCCACUAAUUCUGAAAAUGGUCAGGUUGCUAGAUGGUCUGCUGCUUCCGAACAGGACGGCUGCGUUUUUCUGACUGCUGAGUCAAGGAGAAUAAUCCCUGAGGACAGAAUGACCGAGACACCACUUUUCUCAGAAGACCUGAGAGCUGCAUGCCCACCCAUUUCUCUGGAACCUGAGUUUACCUCAGCUGUGCUCCAUCAUUUUACUGCUGAAGUAGGUGUGCGGGAUUUGUGCAUGCCCAGAGUUGGCGCUGAGGCAGAGGAAUUAUUCUCUGCACAGCAUGCUGAUGACAGUGUCUUGGCAGAGGCAAUGCCAGCACCUGUCUGUCCUUUGAAAAGGGCUUCCGAUUCAGAGUGUACUGAGGUGUGCAAAAAUGCUGUACAACAGAUGAAUCUUUGUAACCAGACUUCUGGUAUCUCAGAAACUCUUUCUGAAGCAGGUGAACAAACAGCUGCUGCAGCUACAGAAUCAAAUCAUCUCUAUUUUGAGAAAAUAUGGAAGAAUACUAAUGGGGUGGGACAAGACUGCACUGACUUGCAAGAUGCUGCUCUUUUGUUUAAGAAAGCUGAGGAAAUAGUGGACUCAGUUUUACACUUGGCUAUAGAGGAAAUAAUAGCAAAACAAGCUGUUGGAGUCUGCCAAGUCUGUGGGAGAAAGGAUAGUUUAGUAAAUACAGAUAUUCCAAAUGAUCAGAAAACUGUAACUGUGCAGCUGGAAGCAGAAGAAAUCCAGUCAGCUGUGCAUUCAUUAAAACAUUUUAAUGAGAGCAGUCAAGGAGGCUCAUUUUCAUUUACAGGAAAUGAAACAUGUGAUACAAAUAAUCAAGAUGAAAGGAUACCAUCUUACAUUCCUGCUAAAAUUGACCUACAUAGUGUACUGGCAUUAAAAGCAAGAGAAAUAAUUGAUGAAGUUAUUAACUCAGCCAAACAAAAACUGACAUCCAAUCAGUGGCAAGGCAGGGAGAGUGAAAAGCAUUCUGAAAAGAUUGAGCUCAAACCUAAGGCUGAAAACCCAGAGAUUUUAAAUCUGGAUGGUAGUUUAUCUUCCAAAACACAGGAUCUAAUCAAAGAACCAACAGGGGAGGCAGAAACUCAGAAUGCAAGUAUAAACUGUGAAAAGGCAGUUUACUCAGGUCCUCCUUUUCUUCCAGAUAGUAUGGAAAACAGCAUAGAUUGGCUCCAAAGAGAUGAAGAGAUACCAAAUAAUGCAUUUACUUGUCAAACAAAUGGAUUUCUAUCUACUGGUAGUUCAUUGAGGCCAGGAUCAGCCCCUGUGGUACUAGCAAAAGAGGAACAUGAUAAAACAAUGUAUGAACAUCUGGCUGCAGCAGAGAUGUGCAGUAAAGCUGGAUUAUCAGUAACUAGUAGAAAAUCUGAUGUGUCUUUACAUUUAAUAAAUAGAGAUGCAGCUGUUACUGAAGAAAUAUUUCUGCCGUUGCAGUUAAAUGAUUCAUGCAAUAAUACAGAUAUGCCAGAGUGCAUGUUACUGCCAACUGUAAAUGUUAACUCGUCUUCUUUUAUGCCUGAUAAAGAAAGUAUCAGCGCACGAAAUGAAUACAAAGUCAAAAGGAGUCCUCAGGGUUCUGUGGAAAGCAGUGCAGAGGGCAGUCUGGAUGAACACAGUGGAAGAGAGGCUGCAGAAAUGUUUUCACAAGUAAAAGCAGCCUUAGAAGAUUCAAAGGUAGUGGAGAGUAAGGAGGAACUAGCAAAGGGGGCAAGUGAGGCAACGCUUGUCAAUAUUGAGUUAAAUACACAGUUUAUUGGCUCUGAAUUGCCUGUUACUGGAGAGCACAAUGAAGGGAAAUACUGCUUCAAUUCAAUUUAUGCCCAAAAUAAAGAGAAUCUGAAAGAGGUACAAAUGAAGGAUUCAGACACGCAGGAAAAUGAUCAGCUUGAAGAAAAUGGUCUAGACUGCAGCAAUGACAUGAAUGAAUCAACAGAUCUUUUAGGCUUUUCUCCACUUAUUGAGCAGUGGGAAAACAGUUCUUUUACAAUUGUUUAUGAAGGUGCCCUUCAAACUGAGAACAGAUCUGUCUCUACUGAUGAUACGCAAACUAGCUCACUUUCUCCUUCUGAUCUACCUUUGGAUAGUGUAAGUUAUCUAAUGUGUGAAAGAGCAAAGAAUAAAAAUGAGCCUGCCUGUUUUUAUGGAAAGGAUAACAAGUUGAAUAAAGCAACAGAGGGUCAUAGCUCGGAGUCAUUUCUGAGUGUGGAGGCAAAACGCUAUAGAAUAUAUCCUUUCUCUUUGUCUCCAAUAUAUGAAGACGACAGCUCCCAUGAAGACUUGCUGUCUGCAGACAUGUCACCAGAAGGCCAGCCUAAUGGAGUAUCUAAAGAUAACUCUGACCAUGCUUCUGUGCUGUCCCUUCUCCAGUCAGUUUCUGAGCGCCUACAGUUGACUACUCAGUUCAGUAAAGAGGAAGAUGAGGAGGGAAUGGAGGAUGAGGAAGAGUCACUGUAUGAAGGAAGUUUGCUUGAUGGUGAGAGAGGAGAAGAAUGUCUUUCCAGUCAGUGGACAAGGAAUCUAACAACAACCAUUCCAUCAAAUGACCAAAAUACAUAUCCAUUUCCUGAACAAUCACUUUUUCUUUCGAAAGAGCAACUUGACUCUAAGGAGCAAACAGAAGACUUUCAAGAUGAGACUUCUCCUGGUCAAACAUACUGUAACCCAGUUUCACAGAAGGCUGACACUGCUCUAAAGCAUCCUCCUACGAGUGUGUAUUACCAGUACUUGAGAUCUGCCAACAAUUACUCCUCUGAGAAGGGAACAAGAUUCGGAAACAUUCUCCAGGAUAUACUGCAGCCAAAGAUUCGUUGGUCCCAAGAUCAUGCCAUGCCAAAACUGGGAGAAUUGCCAGUGAAUCUUGUUGACAGGGCAAGUCUCACAUAUAAUCCAAGACCAGGAAAGAUUAUUAUUUAUGAUAUUCAUGGUGACAAAAGUAAACAAGAAAUUCAUUCUGAUGUGCUAGAUACUACAUCCUGGAUCUUUCCCAUUGGAGCAUUACUUAGGAUAAUUAGAGGAUGUUGGAUUUUCUAUGAGAAACCAAAGUUCCAGGGUCAGAAAUAUCUACUAGAAGAAGGAGAGAUUGUACUGGAUCACCUUUGGGAUCUUCCAGGUCUGAAACAUCAUCGAAGAAACCUCACAGUGGGUUCAAUCAAGCAUGUAACAAAGGACUGCAGUGUUCCAGAAAUUGAGUUCAGCCUGGGAGCCAGAACAGAGGGACUUCCUAUCUGCAUACAGAGUGCAGUUGCCAAUUUAGAAGAUCUGGAUGUUGAAAAAAACCCGUACAUACAAGUCAAAUCAGGAAUAUGGCUUGCUUAUUCAGACUUAAAUUACAAAGGAGAGAUGAAGAUUUUGGAAGAAUGCAGUGAACCAUCUGAAAUUCCUUCAGCAGAUGUGAGAUCUCUGCGUCCCUUAAAAAUGGGUGGAUUAAAGGUCCAAAUGCCAAUGAAUGUCAAGAUAAUAAUAUAUGAGAAAACCCACUUUGGAGGGUGGUCCAAAGAGUUUUCAGAAAAUAUUAGUUCUGUCCUGGCUCUGUUUGGCAAUGAAGAGGAUUUUCAGGAAAUUGGAUCAAUACGUAUCAUUGGUGGCGUAUGGGUUGCCUAUGACAAAGAACGCUACAAAGGCCGUCAGUACUUGCUUGAGGAGGGCGAUUAUGAGGAUAGACACACGUGGGGAGGAACUGACAGUGUUCUCCUGUCUUUCCGGUUCCUUCAGGCUGAUUUCAUGGAGUCGUCAGUGGCACUUUUUCAAUCUGAUGAUGAAGAUGGGAAAGCGCUAGACAUCGUCAAUGAAGAAAUUCCUGAUUUGGAGCAGACUGGAUUUGGCCCAGAAACAGGGUCGAUUCUUGUGAAAAGUGGAGUGUGGGUUGCCUAUCAGCAGAAACAUUUCUGUGGAGAACAGUAUGUAUUGGAGAAAGGAAAAUACAAGUGUUUCUUUGACUGGGGAGGAUCCAGUAAAAUCAUUAUGUCGAUUCGACCUAUUAAGUUGGAACCACUUGGAACGAAUGAGCCUCCACAUUUGCUCAAAGCUUUCAGUAAUACACAUUUCCAAGGAGCAUGUGUAGAUUUCACAGCAGAAGUUUCUGAUUUCACAUCAUUCAUACCAUGUUCUUUUAAGGUUCUUCGGGGUUGUUGGCUCCUGUGUUACCAAGGGGAAACUGAUGACAAUCAUUGUGUGCUGGAAGAAGGCCUCUACAUUGAUCUCUCUUCCUGUGGCUGCCCAACUGCUGCAAUCAAAUCCCUCAAGCCUAUUGAAUACGUUUUUGCUGAGCCCUCCAUCAGUCUGUUCGCACUGGAAUGCUGUAAGGGCAGAGAACUGCACUUCAGCAAACCCGUCAACUCCGUUUUGAAUGAGGACCUUCAUUUUUACACUCAGUCUGUGUGGGUGAGAAGUGGAUUGUGGAUCGCAUAUGAAGGAUGUAAUUUUUUAGGAAAGCAGAUACUGUUGGAGCCCAGUGAGAUUUCCAACUGGAAUGAAUACAGUGGCUGGAAAGUAAUUGGCUCCCUUCGUCCAGUGAAGCAGCCAGCAGUGUACCUCCGAAUCAGGAACCGAGCCCACGGCAAAUACCUGACAGUAGCUGGAAGUCUGGCAGAUGUAAGAGCGACGUCGGUGUGCGCGUCUCCAUACAACGGCAAGGACACCCAGAUCUGGCACUACUGUCGUGGGCUCUUCAAAUCCAAGGUUAAUGAUGCCUGUCUGGAUGUCAUUGGUGGCAGAGAUGUGCCAGGGGCCAAAGUUGCGCUCUGGGCGGAACAUGGGAAGGAGAGGCAGAAGUGGAGACUCAAUGAAGAUGGAACCAUCAGUUCAUACCUCAGUGACGAACUGGUGCUUGAUAUUAAAGGAGGAAAUUACUAUGACAAGAAUCACAUCAUUAUGAAUGAGCCGGAAGAGGACAAACCUUCACAAAAAUGGGACAUUGAAAUACUGUGAGCAAAACCCACCACAGAGAUGGGCUUUAUGUGGUUUUUUAACACCUGGAGGAAAAAACCUACUACUGAAGUCACACACCACUGGAAACUUAUGCAGUAAAUCCUCUCUAUCUUCCUUCACUCGAAGCACCAGCUCCUAAACCAACUGAAUUUUGCACAGAUCUGGAGGAUGUGAGGUUGAGCUCACGUCUUUCCACAGGGACUGAACUGUGAGCUGAUUCUUUGGAGGCCACUCCUGUGGAAGUCAUUCUUCAUCUGAAGUAUUGAAGUACAUGCAGAAGGCUGGACAGAAGCUUUGCAGGAUAUGAACUGCAAGAGAUAAUAUGGGAAAGGCUCUUCAGAAAUACUGAUGCUUCCUUUCUCCCAAAAAAUGAUGAAAGCUCAUUCUUUGGUGAGUGCACUAAUGAGCCUGAAAGAGGUUGUGUUGGACUUUCUGUCCCAAGAGAAACAGUUGAGGCUCGAAGUGAUCCUGAAUCUCAAACCAUACCUCUUGUUAAAGUGCAAUUUAUAUUGUUCAAAAAACAAAUCUGAACUGGAAUCCCUAGCUCAGUGCAUGAAAUGGGGCAAUAAAGACAGCCUGACCGUUACCUCCCUAGUGUUACAGGUAGGCCUUGGUCUUAUUUGUUUCAGCAAUACCAAAUGUCCGAGUCUAGGAACUUCUUUUGCAGACCCGUGGGCUGUUUCCAACCCUUGAAAUUGUGAGUUAUCCCUGAAGAUCACCUUCAACAACAUGUAGGCAUAGGUGCAUCUAUCAAGAGUAUAAGCUAUCCUGGGUCAGGCUAGAUUUCUCAAAGAUUUACUGAAUAAUAGUAAUGAUUUUGCUCUAGCUGUAUUUUGUUGUCAUGUAUAUAGACUAAUUUAAUACAAUGUAAUUUGGUCUUAAAUCCACGUCUUCCUUCAGAAGAUAACUCACCAGGUGCUAGCAGCCAGCAUUCCGCCCUGCUUAAUGUCAGGAACAACAUAACUGCAUUUAAAGGUCACUCGGGCUCAUCAGCACGUCCCUCUUAGCCCAAAGGAUGAGGAGUGAGUUAGACCAGUGAUGACCAGCCCAACGUGCUGGCAGUUUCCUCAGUGUCAGCAAGAUGCAACCGUCCUACCACCCCUCCCUUAAGGUAGGUAGAGCACAAUACCUUACUGCACUGCAGUUGGUGCAGGCCUGAAAAAAAAAACGCCUUCCUCAUGCAGGACUGACAUACAGGAGGAACUGCAGACACACGUAGGGCUGCUAGCAGCUGAAGGGAUGGUCCUUAGCUCACUCAUAUCUUCAUUUAAUUUCUAUGUCACUAAAUGAAUCAAUCUACUUCAUUGAAUAGAUGAUAUUUUCUUUCCUUAUUUGUUUAUUCAGGGUUUGUGUUUUUAUUUAAGGAGUUUAGCAAAGGAACUUUAGUUUCCAAAAGCUGUAAGCGUUCCUGUGUACUUAAACAGGGUUUGACCUUAAACAGAAACACAUAACCCUGCUUGCCACAGAAAUAAAAUAUAUGGAUGUCUAUUUUUGUAUGAAAUUGAGUUCUAUAGCAUACUAUUUAAAAAUUUAAAAAUACCUGUGUACUUGCACUUACUAUUUUGCAUUCUAAAGUUAUCAUAAAUCUGCUGUUACAGAACUCCAGCUGUAUGUAUAUAUUUCUACAACCGAAGCACUUGUUUUGCUUUUUUUUUUAAUGUAAAUCAGUACAUCAAGCGUUCUCCAGGUGACUCGCUUUCCCUCUGCGAUUUCAAAGCCUGGCUGGAAAGUUCUGCUCUUUCAGGCCAAGAGCACCUAAAUCACAGGGGGUGGUGUCCCAGUGCUACAUCACCAAGUCAAUGGGGCCUUUGUAAUUCAGAGUUCUUCCAUGUAAAAUGCCAAGCAUGUAUAUUUUAAUUGUAUAAAGCUUUUUAGGAGGAA